AUAUGGGUGAAGAUUAUUAUCAAGAUUCUGUUAUCUUGACAUGGAAAGGGCAUGAAAUUCAACUAGAGAGAAUUAUCACUACUUGCACCACCAUUGAUUGUUCAAACAAUUACUUCCAUGGAGAGAUUCCAAGAGUGAUUGGAAACCUUCAUGCACUUCGUCUUCUCAAUCUUUCUCAUAACAAUCUAUCAGGUUGUAUCCCGUCUUUGCUUGGAAAUUCGACUGCUCUUGAAUCCUUAGACCUCUCUUCAAAUAAGCUUACUGGGAAAAUUCCAUGGCAGUUAGCAAAUUUAAGUUUUCUUCAAGUUCUAAAUUUGUCCCAAAACCAUCUUAGCGGACCCAUACCUCGAGACAACCACUUGGAUACCUUCUCAAACAAUUCAUAUGAUGGAAAUUUAGCAUUGUGUGGAUUUCCUUUGUCACAAAAAUGUGGUACUUACAAUGAGACACCACAACCACCCUCAACAUUAGAAGAUGAUGCAGAGUCUUCAAGUGGAUUCGGUUGGAAAGUGGUGUUGAUAGGGUAUGGAUGUGGAAUGGUGUUAGGGUUGACAAUGGGAUAUCUUGUGUUCUCAAUAGGAAAGCCUCAGUGGGUUAUAAGGAUGGUUGAAGGAGGAUACCCAAGAAAAGGGAGAAGGCUGAACAACAAACGUGGAGGAAGAUGAAGUUAGUGCAUGCAAGAAGUUCUGUUGGCUGAGUAUUGCUGCAAACUGGAAAACCAAUGUUCCUUUAUUUUCUUGCUGAUAAUAUGUAGUAACAUGUUUCUUUCUUGUUUUUAAUCUUAUGUUGUCUUUCAGUGCAAGCAUUCAAUUGUUAUGUUUUACUACUUCCUUAAAUAAAAUA